UGGAACGUGCCCACCCAGGAAUGCAAGCCCCGCUACCAGGUGGAGUUUGACUUCAGCAUCUUCGAUCUGGACGCCUCCCCCAACGAGGGCUUUGUGCGGCAGGACCUCACCAUCUUCUACAAGGAGCGCCUGGGGCUCUACCCCUACUACACCCGCGAGGGUGUGCCCGUCAAUGGCGGUGUCCCUCAAAACAGCAACCUGCCAGAGCACCUGGCCCGCCUUGAGGGCGGCAUCACCAAGUACAUCCAGUCGCCCACCAAGGAAGGGCUGGCCGUCAUUGACUGGGAGGAGUGGCGGCCUGUCUGGGCUCGCAACUGGAAGCCCAAGGACAUCUACCGGGAGGUGUCACAGAGUCUAGUGUUAGAGCGUAACAAGGACUGGCCCCCCGAGAAGGUGAACAAGCAGGCAGUGUUUGAGUUUGAGUCGGCUGCCCAGGAGUUCAUGGUGAAGACCCUGCGUAAGGCCAAGAGCAUCCGACCCAAGCAGCUCUGGGGGUUCUACCUCUUCCCUGACUGCUACAACCAUGACUACAGCAAGAACAAGGAAAGCUACACUGGGCAGUGCCCAGACGUGGAGAAGACCCGCAAUGACCAGCUGGUGUGGCUCUGGAAGGAGAGCACAGCGCUCUACCCCUCCAUCUACCUCGACCCACUCCUGGACUCCACUCCCAACAUCCGCAAGUUCGUGCGGGCACGGGUGAUGGAGGCCAUACGCAUCUCCCAGCAGCACCACGACAACUACUCCCUACCUGUCUUUGUCUACACCCGGCCCACCUUCAUCCGCAAGCUGAAUGUGCUCAGCCAGCUGGACCUGAUCUCCACCGUCGGAGAGAGUGCAGCACUGGGUGCAGCCGGGGCCAUUUUCUGGGGUGAUGCAGAUGAUGCCAAAAACCGGGAGUUGUGUCAGACUUUGAAGAACUACCUGGAGGGGGACCUGGGGCGCUACAUCGUGAAUGUCUCGACAGCGGCAGAGCUCUGCAGCACAACACUGUGCCAGGGCCAGGGACGCUGCCUGCGCCAGGACAGCACUGCUGAUGUCUUCCUCCACCUCAACUCUACCAACUUCCAGCUGCGGCGCCGGGAUGCAGACCACCCCAAGCACCCCCUCUUCUGGGUCGAGGGCCAGCUAUCCUCUGCUGACAUCCUCUUCCUACGGACCCACUUUCACUGCCACUGCUACCAGGGCUGGCAGGGCAGUAGCUGCCAGACGCCCACUGGCCCUGGCAAUAAUGCCCCUGGGCCCCUGGCACCACUAGGACUUGUGGUGCUGUUGCUGCUUGCAAGCUGGUGCUAACCCCCCCUGGACUGAGCUGCCCCUUUUUGUGGUGUAGGGGCCUAUUUAAGAUAUCACUACCCUGCCUGGGAGGCAGCUUGUUAUGAGGGCUGCCCCUCACUGUGAGGGGCAGAGCUGUGUUGCCCCAUCUCUGCCCUCCCUGUUGCAAUGGGGAUGGAGGGAGGAGGGGGGCCCCUCUCCUGUUGUAAAGAGAGGGAUGGGGGCAAGAGGGACAUGGGGGUGGGGAGUGGGUUCUGUGUGGUGCUGAGCCCCUGUGUGCUGCCCCACACUCAAGUGCUUUACCUCGAAUAAAGCUG